GGCAGAGUCUGGCCACGCAGAGGAGGAGGAGGUGAAGACGCUUUUGUUAAUUCCAUGUGUGUUUUGACUCACUCGAGAGGUGUUGUGACAAGUGGCGAUACGAAAAACAAAUCAUCUACAUGACAGUGCCAUCGGUGGGCCAUGCAAUCGAAACGGGCAACACACAGGCGGUGGCGGCUGGUGAGAGCGGCGGUGGAUGGUGGGCGUGCGGGCGUCUCCCCGGCAUGGUGUGGACACGGGCGUGGCGGCGCUGGCAGCGAUGGGCGUGCGUGGGCGUGGGUGUAGUGGUCGGCGCCUGGCUGCUGCUGGCGGCACCAUGUGGCCUGCUGGCAUGUCCACCCCGAGAGGCGGCCGAGGCUCGCUCCGGCGCUGUGGGCGGCGCCGCCACGGCCGAGCUGGAUACGGCGCGCCUCCUGUGCACGUACCUGUCGUCCGUGCCGCAAGGGCGACAGCGAGAGGCCAAGGGCUCGCCGCAGCUGGGCGACAGCGGCCCCUACAGCGUCAUGUAUGACUGGAUGGCCGCCACGCGCUCCUACGCCGCCAACGAGUCGGUGACGUACACGACGCAUACUACGCCGGAGAUGGUGACCCACGUGGCUGAGCUGGCCACCCGCUGGUCCGGGCCGCUCUCGGUCGCCGUCUUUGUGCCGCACUCGGACUUCUGCCUCGCCGCCGUCCGCAUCGCGCGCUUGCGGCUCUGCGGCCCGCCGGAGGUGAAAGAGAAAGUGUCGUGGCACCUGUUCUGGCCGCGCGACGUACCCCCCGCGGCCGACUGGCACCUCGUGGUGGACGAGACGCUUCUGGACUGCGCGGGGGCCGACGAGGCCCUGGCUGUGCGCGGAUACCGGGCACGGGAGGUCAUGGCGUACCCGGUGAACGUGGCCCGCAACGUAGCCCGGACUGCCGCGCCGACCUGGUUCGUCUUGCCCUCCGACGUGGAGCUGUACCCGUCGGCCGACCUCGCGCAGCAGUUCGUGGCGAUGAUGGCGCGGGUCGGGGCGGGCCAGGACAAGAAGGUGGGCGGCGCCUGGCCGAGGGUGUUCGUGGUGCCCGUGUUCGAAGUGGCGUCGGUGGUGCCCGAGAACAAGGAGGAGCUCGUGCGCCAGUACCAGCGCAGCGACGCUGUCUACUUCCACCGCCACGUGUGUGCGCACUGCCAGAGGUUCCCUGCGAUCAAUGACUGGAUCCGUCAGCCGGGGAAGCCGGGCAUGAUACAGGCGUUCUCGGUUGUAAAGCGCCAGUACCCAUACCACCGAUGGGAGCCCAUUUACAUCUGCACCAAGGACGAGCCCUUGUAUGACGAGCGGCUGUCAUGGGAGGGUCUGCAGGACAAGAUGACACAGAUGCACGAGCUCUGUCUCCGCGGCUACAACCUGGUGAUUCUUGACCGGGCCUUCCUCGUGCACGCCCCGGGGAUCAAGCGAAGGAGCAAGACCAAGGCGAAGGACAGCGCCUGGAGAGACCCCUUCGUGGCGAAGAAUUCACGCAUCUAUGAUAAAAUCAUGGAGGAGAUGCAGAAUAAAUUUGGGCCGAGUGACGUGUGUCACAGACACUGAACUGUUUAAGUGUUCUGAAAGAACGAAAUACAUAUACAUACUCUUGGCAUUAUGGGUCUCACUGAGCUUUGGGGAAACUCGAUGUUAAGGCCUUAUUGUCCGGUCUCCCUUUCAUUUACGCUGUUUUCUGAUGUCAUUUAAAUGAAACACCGCGUUUAUCUUGUGAUGGAGCAUUGCUAUGACGUCAUUUAACCCCUGUAAGGAAAGAAUGACUGGACAAAGGCAUUGUGUGUUGCCCCGGACAACGGUGAGCCUUCCGUAUUUAACACCGGUUAAAAGACUUGAAUGUGUAGUGUACACAAAAUAGCUGACAACCACGUGUCGCGUGAACCGGAUACGACACGUGUUCUAUCCUUUAUUGUACUGUGGCAUCGACGUCGCCCCAGCAUCCCGACGUGUCGGCCCGCGCCGACGUCGGGACGGCGCAGCGACGUCGGCGCAGUGUUGUUAUUUUCGAGUGUUGUGACCAACAACGUCCGUGUCUUUGGUGUUUCUUGUGAAGACGAUAUUUUUCCACUGAGUGUUACGACCUUCAUGCGGGUAUCAGAGGUGCUUAUUCUAUGGUGUUUGUGGAUACUGUUGUUAAACCUUGAACGAAAUACUGUUGACAAUACUGUUGGCAUGGACCAUGUCGGUUGUGUGUGUAGGUGGAGGUUAUAUUUUGCAAUGUCUUUAAAGGUGGGCUUUCCAUGGCCAGGCUUUAUAAUGUCGCCUUUAUGGGCCCAUAUCACUCGAACAUUUUCGGCCAAACUUUAGGUUAGGUUAUGAUACAGAUAGCGGUUUUAUUAUCUAAUAAAUCGCCUGUUAGCUUCAAGUGCUAGAAUCCGUAGAUGAUACAGAGGCACGAGUUUUUUUCCUAGCUUAAACUGUCGAUAUGCAAUGGCUGUCUAGCUUUCAUUCGCAAAAUUAAAACAAAUUUUCGGCAUCUUGGUAAUGCAAGUAAUGAAACGGGAUUAUGCAAAGGAAGUUUAGGAAUAAUUGAAUAAUCUAGGCUUCGUUUAAAUGCAAGUAAGACGCGAAGGGGCGCUGUCCCUCCUCCAUCCAAGCAAAUGGUCACUGAUAAUGAUCGCUAGGCAGCUUCUUAGUAAUUUUCGCAAGAAGUGACCUUAGAAUCAUCGCACAACGCUCUUGUUAUGUACAUAAGUAAGAUGAGUUGCAUGUCAACUGCCUUGCUGAUGCAUGGCACGGAUAGGUAGCUGAGACUACGCGCAUAUAAUUCGUCUGCCAUUCUCACGAGUCAGUCUAACGUUUAUUUCUGGAAGCUUCCACCUGCCCGCCUGUUGUGUUGAUGAGAAAGUAAAGAGAUCCAUUGGCCCCACCUUGUAGUGAUAUUUAGUCGCACGCGAUUGGCCAGACACUACGUUGCCAAGUUUAGAUGGUUUAGACUUCCUGUGACUGACUGAGAUCUUCGAUCCUGGCUAAUAAUGAGUAAAAGCUCUUUCCGAAAUCUUGCUCCGCCCGCGAUAGAUAAGAAAGAGGAAAACGGAAAAAUGUAGUGUUCUGGUGAAAAGCGCUUUCGAAAAAAAAUUCACAAGUUGCAUUCCACCCACACCACCCAGCGGAGGCGCCAACACAACACGCCGGCGACAUCGCCGACGCGAAGACCUAUCGUGCCCGGGAGACGAGCGCCGGACGCAGGUUCCUCCCGCGCCGAAGUUCCCGGUGCAGGGUCCGCGGCUGACGGCGCGGUGUGCGAAGGAAAGAGAAGGGCGUGUUGCAGUAACUGCUCAUUCUGGCUUCCGGAAUUCCGUGUGCAUUCUGAUAGCUAUGGGCAUGAUUAUAACAAGAAUGGAACUGCAGAAUAUCAUGUGAAUAAGUAUUGUUAUUUUGUUGAAUAUGACUAAAAUGAGAGACUAAUUUUGAUACUGAGCUGAGUUUGUUGUAAAACUGUGAUCUUUUUCUUGUUUAUAUUUUGUAAUUAUCUUUAACGAGGAGUGGCGAGCCUUCAUAUAUCAUUAGAAAAUGCCGUGUCGAUGUGGUGGAAUAAUCAUGCGCAGCAUUUUCUACAUUGCCCCUUAAUCUGGUAAUGAAGACAAUAUUACUGGCGGCUGACGAUAAGCCAAACAGUCAUUGCCAGUAAACAAAGGCGAAACCAGCUGUUGACAGUGCUUAAGGGCAAAAUCUUUUCCGAAGGCUUAGACACGCUUCAGGAAUUCCCCUUCACAGGAGAGGCGUCCUGGACUCCUUUCAGAGCUGAUCCUUCCACGUACCUCCUCUUUCACAGUACUUGCCUUCAUCACACUUACUUCACCGAGCUUUGACUUCAGUGCACCUCGCUCACCGUAAUUAUGGUUCUCUCUUCCUGCCAUUAUUCUAUUCCGCCGAUUCCUCCUUUUCAUUCUUACACUAAAAUGAACAACACAGUGAACAUAACGCACAGCACCUCAUGGUUCAACAUCAUGGGUGUACAGUAAUCGCAGUCUAGUUAACAUAUAUUUGACACAAAAGGGUAUCUUGGUAUAGGAAUGAAAGAAAGAAUUCACUUUAAUAUUAUGUAAAUGUAUGGGAAUUGUAACUUACAUUUGGGGUAAAAGUCAUCAGUCCACGACUAAGAAUACCAUAGUAAACAAGUACAAGGACACUGCCAUAUGAUCUGCAUAUGUAACGUUCAUUUUCAAGGAGCGGCUGCAAUCACUUUAACAUACAUUGUGCACAAACGUUUACAAGUUACAUUUCUUAAAACAAUCUCACUAUAUUGCUAUAUUUCUUUUUUUUUCAUAAGUUAUCAAAUAUUCAGUUUAUUUUAUCCUUCCCUACUAUUUCAUAUUUCGUCUUUGAAUUUCUCCCUGAAUAUAUUCCACCCAGACGCAGCUUAGAAAGAAAGUUGAUUUUGUUAUGAUUCACGGAACUGAGUCUUGGGCACGUAAUAGAUAAGGUUUAUAUGAACUAAGUUGUUAUGGACCAUGAAGAGAAUUUAUCAAAUUGAUUUUGUUUGUUGAUAUUUAAGAAGCUAAUGAAGCUGAUCUUUCAUUGGCUAUUUGUUGACAUGAUGUCAUGUCUCCUGCGAGCGAAUUUGCUUUCCAAACAAAGUAGUGAUGAAUAUUGCAUAUCUUCAGGCGACAUUUACUGCCUCUCUGAUACAGCAAGCUCAUCUAAUGAUGCGAAGUCGACAAGUGACCGUUUCUCAAACCACCCAAAGGGGUGGAAAUGCAGGAAAAGGGACUUUCUUCUGCUUUGUUCGGAAUGACGACUCGCCUCCUGCAAACACGAGCGGCCGCCGCGCUCGCUCGUGCCUCGGGCGUCGCCGACUGUCCGACUUCUGUCCAUGACGCAAGAAGCCACUGGCCCCGCCCAUUUGACCUUGAAGCCUAGUAUCUUUUCGGUGAUUAAGCCCGUCCCUUUUCGUCGACCGUUCCCGGCCAAUAAAACAUGCUGCGUAACCUUACCCGUAGCGUCACUGCUCACGAAGACUAUCAUUUGCUUGUUGAUCAAGACUUGAAUAAGAGUUUCGAUAGAGCUUUCCCGGUGUCCCAUUCUUUAAGAAAAAAAUCCUCUUAUUCUUAAUCCCUCGUAUGUCAAAGUGGCAACCCUCCAGUCCACCCCACAAAAAUAAGUGAAUGACUGUGAUCGAAUUUAUUGCCAGAGUAUCUCCAAGCCAACUCCCCUCCCUGAGAACGAGUGAAUGAGUGCGUUCGAAUCCAUUGCCAAGGUAUCUUCAGCCAAUCGCCCCUCCCAGAAAACAAGUGAAUGAGUGCGUUCGAAUCUAAGCCAAUCCCCCCCCCCCCCCCCCCCUCUAAAAAAGAACAUGUAUGUUCGAAUCCAUUACCAACAUAUCUCCUUGGCAAUUCCUUAUCCCCGGAAACAAGAGAGUGACUGUGUUCGAAUCCAUUGUCAAGGUAUCUCCAGGCCAAUCCCAUCUCGUCGAUAAUUCACGGUGAUAAUCCCCAAAGUGACUAUAAAGGUCGUUUAGCCUAGUCCCCCCUCUUCCACAACUCACGCCAUUGUUACCCAUUUUUCGUUUUUUGACUUAGAAUGGAUUUCGGGAUUUUUUAUUCUCACCUCCACGUGAUAGGCCUAUUAUCAUUUUCAAUCCAUGAUAAAAAAUAUAUGCAGUGUGAGCUGUCACCCCAACACUUGCGGUUUUUAUAUAAUUUAUUGUUUUCCUAUCGUUAUAAUUUUGUAGCAAAUAAAACUGGCUCACGCA